AAUCUUUAUUUUAAAAAAUGAGAAAAAUUAGUUACCGGAAUACUAAACAGACGAGCCGAGGUCCUCUGGUAGUAUGGCGUUGCCGGCGUUAUCCGCAUCGUUAAUUUCCUCUCGAGAACUCUUCAGCUCGCGAGUAAAACCAGCCACCAGCCCCGGCAAAUUGGCGGCAGCUUAUAAGCUUAGAAAUGGAUCGAUUAAGUGCAAAGCUGUUGGUGAAAGCUCUCAGACUUCCUUUCAACCUACGGUUUAUAAAGGCGUUUACGGUACCUGGACACUUGAAAAAUCCGACGUUCGAGAGGUGAUUUUGUAUAGGUCAGGGCUGGUUACUGCGGCUUCUGCAUUUGUAAUUGCUGCAUCAGAUACCUUCUUACCCAGUGACUCUUUAGUGGGGGAAAUAAUCAACCAAAAUCUUGACUUGUUGUACGCUCUUGGAGCUGGUGGACUCGGGCUAUCAUUACUUUUGAUUCACAUAUAUGUAACUGAGAUUAAACGCACCCUUCAAGCUUUGUGGGCGCUUGGUGUUGUUGGAUCUUUCGCAACCUACACAACUCUUGCUCAACCAGCUGGCGUGAGCUUGGUGCAAUAUGUUAUUGAUAAUCCAAUAACUGUCUGGUUUGUUGGUCCUCUGUUUGCAGCACUGACAGGACUUGUCUUCAAAGAAGGCCUUUGCUAUGGGAAGCUGGAAGCAGGUAUUCUCACAUUCAUCAUACCUACGGUUCUUCUCGGGCAUCUGACGGGUUUAAUGGAUAAUGGAGCAAAGCUUGCUCUAUUAUAUUCAUGGAUGGCCCUCUUUGUAAUAUUUGCUGGAAGGAAGUUCACUCAAGCCAUUAAGGAUGAUGUUGGAGAUAAGUCGGUCUUCAUGUUCAAUUCUCUACAAGAAGAUGAAAAGAAAGCCUUGAUUGAGAAACUUGAGCAACAAAAGUUUAGCCAGGACCUUAAUUAGAUAGGACUUUUGGGCCAAACUGAUCCCUUUGUUUAUAGAGGGGAAAAGGUUCAUGUACAAUUUUGACUGACCUUCACUUCAUAUACUCCAACUAGCUUAUACCUACCGUUCUAUAAAGUGUGACAUUUGAAUGUAUAUUGUUAGUUUACCUCUUGUUUGGAAUAAAUAAACUCCUAAAAAUUGUGGAAUUCUUUUAUAAA